GCCCUGCCCUAUAUGCUGAUACAAAUGAAUCAAGCAACGAGGAUUGAAAAUUCCGACUUGUGCAUGUUGUGACAAUCCGAGCUCCAAUCCGGGCAGUCCCUGUUUCUGUCCUCUCAGAAUCGACGCGAAGCUCAUCGGAUUGAUGCUGUUCCCAGGCCAUUCCAACCCGUUAAACCCGACCCUCGGCAAACUCGCCGCCAAGGGCAUGCCCCCAUCACCGCCUUGAAUCCGUCGACGGGCGGCAGCCACAACUCCGGGUGCGACCUAACGCCAAACGCCCCUUUUCUGCCCCAAUUCGUGGAGCUUGCUUUGGUGGAGGCCGGCGGACGCCGGCGGCGGCUAUGAUGGAGGGCUCUGCCUGCUGGAGCAACCACCGGAUGGUCUCGCCGUCGGACUAGUGCCCCAGCUCCCGGGUGAGCUGGAAGAUCCGAGCGGCGCAGAAUCAUUCCGGAAAUCCAACGGCCGAGAAACGCGCUGCGACGUGGCACGCAGAAGUUACCCCUCCAGACGGAAGUUUCUCUCCGCGCUAUAAAAUGUACGUUUCUUUCCUUAAAAGUUAAAACCGAACCUUUGCAAGCUGUGACAGCUUCCGGCGGAGGAGCGGGAGAAACAGCAAUCGCGAUGGGUUGGAUCGCCGACGCCUUCGAUUCCUUACGCUCUCUCGACAUCCGGCAAGCCCUAACUCAAUUAGUCAACCUCGGUAUGGUCGUCGCGUUGGCCGUGAUGGCAUGGAAGUGUUUGAUUUGCGUCACCGGAACGGAAUCGCCGGUGGUGGUCGUCCUUUCUGGAAGCAUGGAACCUGGUUUUCAGAGGGGCAAGCAAGUGCAGGUGGCUUCUGUGACUGUGAGGGUGAUAUUCUAUUCUUGAAUAUGGGAAAGGAGCCUAUUCGUGCAGGUGAAAUUGUUGUAUUUAAUUUUAAUAGAAGUGAAAUUCCGAUUGUUCAUCGAGUAAUUGAGCUCCAUGAACGACAAGACACGAGAGAGAUUUCUAUUCUAACAAAAGGUGAUAAUAAUGACGAGAACGAUAGAGUCCUGUAUGCUAAAGGUCAUCUUUGGCUUCAGAAGCAACAUAUAAUGGGCAGGGCCAUAGGGUUUCUACCGUAUGUCGGUUGGAUUACCAUUGUCCUCACAGAGAUUCCAGUCAUUAAGGUACGACAUAAAAUAACAAGGAGCAUUAGCUACUGCUUAUGCUUGUCCAUGCCAUUGUUUUACUGGAUCAAUGACUUUCGAGCAAAGUACAUGGUAGUUUGUUUGUGUUUCGUAAUCUCCUCCUUCAUAUGCAUCUCUAUAAGAACAUCAACCUGCCCCCGGGAUUAUGGUACAGCGGCAGGGCAUUCAGGUUGUCACCUAUGCACUCGCGGUUCGAGCCCCAGUUAUAGUGAAUUUGUAGGAUUUUUUUCUCCAAAUGGGACACGCAACUAAAGAAUGCUGGGCUCCUGGACUGCCUGCUGCGAACGCUUCCCGAUUUAUCCUGGUGGACAGAGCGAAACUUUCAUGGGAUCGGACCGGUCAUCCCAGGCUUGAUGUUACCCAGUCUGGUUAAUUAUUUUUCUAUAAGAACAUCAACCCAUGUUAAUCUCAACUGUUUGUAGCUACGCGGACCGUUUGUUUCCCUCUGUCGAAUUAUGUUUUCUUUCGCUACGAAAACACCACUACAUAACUGCUUAGGGCUAAUUGAGUUGUUCUGAUUUUCGCAGUACUUGCUCAUUGGGGCUCUUGGUUUGUUUGCUCUAACCUCAAAGGAGUAGAGGAGAAGAAGCAAAGCAUUCGAGAAUUUAUGAUCGAAAUAAAUUGUUAUAUUUUCUUUAUGAUUUUCUAUAGAAAAUUAUAAUUAUAAAGAUUAGCAAUGAUACUGAUAAUUACAAUUGUGGUCUGUAUGUGCAAUUCUGCUAUAACUAACAGAUUUGGUGUUAAAUUUAAUAUCCCUCCGGCGUAGACUUAAUUUU